UGGUUUCUCUCUCCUCCUUUUUGUCCUCAUAUUAACAAAACCCUUCAAGCAAUCAAACCUCUCACAAUAAUAUUCUCACUCCUCCAAUAUUUCUCAAUCUCCCUCCCUCCCUCCAUCCAUCUCUCUCUCUCUUCAGUUUUGUUUCUAUUAGAGGUGACGAACGUGGGAGAGAGGAGUAUUGAAAUUAUAAACACAUAUAUAAAUAAAUAAAUUAGAUAAAUUAGCAGCAGGGAGAGGUAGAGAGAAAGAAAUGGCACCAGUUUCAUUGCCGCCUGGUUUUCGAUUCCAUCCAACCGAUGAGGAACUAGUAGCUUACUAUCUCAAGAGAAAGAUCAACGGCCGUAAGAUCGAUUUAGAGAUCAUCCCCGAGGUUGAUCUCUACAAGUGUGAACCUUGGGACUUACCAGGGAAGUCAUUGUUACCGAGCAAAGAUCUGGAGUGGUAUUUCUUCAGUCCCCGAGAUCGUAAAUAUCCAAAUGGGUCGAGGACAAAUCGGGCAACAAAAGGUGGAUAUUGGAAGGCCACAGGGAAAGACCGAAAGGUGAACUCGCAGACACGUGCAGUUGGCAUGAAAAAAACAUUGGUUUACUACAGAGGAAGGGCUCCUCAUGGCUCUAGAACUGACUGGGUUAUGCAUGAAUAUCGUCUUGAUGAGCGAGAGUGUGAGAUUCCUUCCGGUCUCCAGGAUGCAUAUGCACUUUGUCGUGUAUUCAAGAAAAGUGCUGUUGGGCCAAAGAUUGGAGAGCAAUAUUACGCAAGUACAAGCACUAGUACUAAUCAUAUAAACCAGAAUCAUCACAGUCAUAAUCAGCAUAAUAAUCGCCAUAUUAAUAUGACUAGUGAUCAUUCUUCAAGCAUUGAAAUAUAUUCGGAUGGAAGAUGUGAGGAUUUUGAGAGCAACAAUUAUCCAAUGGUGCCUGCAGACACUUGCUCCGCUCAAACGUCUAUGAUGCAAAGAUGUAGACCAGAUCACCACCCACAUAAUAAAUGGACGCACUUCUUAUCUGAUGAUGACUCUUUUAAUUAUAACUUCUCUACAACUCCUAACUCAUCAUUUCAGAAUUACGGAGGCAUUUCUUACCCUCCAUCCAAGGUUGAUGUAGCACUAGAGUGCGCUAGGUUACAGCAUAGGCUCACACUUCCACCGUUGGAGGUAGAAGAUUUUCCCCACUCUUCAGGGAAUAUUAAUGAAUUUAAAGUGAUGCAAUCAAGUGGUCAUUAUCAUCACGCCAUGCCAGAAACUGGCGCCAACGACAUUGAUAUCUUGCAAGAAAUUCUCUCUGUUGCUCAUGUUUCUCAAGAACUCAUAAACCAGCCCAGUAGUAACUUUGUGGAUGAGACAUCUAUGUGGGGAUCAACUAAUGUUAAUAUUAUUGGUACUGCGGCUGAUGAUUUCAGCUUCAUGGUUGGCCGAGACACUCAACACAACCAAUCAUUAGACAACAACGACAUGAAUCCUAUGCGGUAUAUGGACAAAUCCUGGGAAAAUCACCUAGCGAGGUCAAUCGAGAUUGGAGAUUUCGAAGAAGGUUUCAAAUCGGAUCAGAGAGCUGUGGAGAAUCUGAGAUGGAUAGGAAUGUCCAGCAAAGAUGUAGAGGAGAGCUUCGUGGAAGAACACAAAAUAGUUCCAUUUGAAAAUAUUUCAAGCUAUCGAAGAGAAGAACAUGAAGACAUCAACGGUAAAAUAGUUGAUGCAGGUCAUCAAAGCAGCUGUAAUAAUAAGGAAUUCAAUGAAGACACUGACCAGACAAACGAUCAAUUCUCCCUUGGAUUCAUCAAUAGUGGCCCAAAUGAACACUUAAUAGACGAGGGAAACAUGGAUGAAUAUUCAAGUUCUCCAAGUUUUGAGGUCGUAGAGGAGAUCAAAGUCAAUCAUGGACUAUUCGUCUCGACUCGUCAGGUUGCUGAGACAUUCUUUCAUCAAUCAGUGCCUUCUCAAACUGUCCAAGUCCAUCUGAAUCCAGUGCUAUUAUUGAGCAACCACUUCUUGGUAGGUCCGAAAGCCACUGCUUCGAAUUCUGGAAAGAAAUCCGAGAAUAGUACACAUGAUCAUGAUCAACAUUCUUUCAUCUCUGUUACUACUGUGUUUAAAGCCAUGUUUGUGGAAAUGACCAAAUCAAUGAAGUUAGCAUGGUGGACAAUAAUGAGCACCAUUAUGUGCAUGAUUUCUUUUAUUUCGACAAGCGUGGAACAGGUAGUUGCUGCUGCAAGUGCUACUAGUGCUGGAGUUGAAGGAAAUGAAAAUGGUUGUGAUAUCUUGGUACUCAAGCAAAGGAUGAAAAGAGGCAUUGGAGCUAAGUUGUGCAACGAGAAAGGAAAAGUUUCAGUGGUUAACAUAAGAGGUGCAAAUAAUUUGACUGUGUUUUUGAAAAAGAUAGGUGUGUUUAUCACUAUUACUUUGGCUCUUUGUACCAUGUGGGCCAAUCACAAUCUGAUUAUUACCACUUGACAGGAUCAUUUUAUUUAUUUUAUUUUUCAUGUAUUUUCUUAUAGUGUUUACUGGAGAAGCCAUAACCCAGCCUUUUCCAUAACAUGACAUAGGUGGAUCAUAACAAAAAUUGUAUUUUAUAAUUUCACAAUUAAUUAUAAUAUCAUUUAAUUUAUUGAUGUUUAA